AUCCUCAGUGACACCCUAGGACAAAAGAUAUUCGGAAGUCUGGUCUGAUCUGAUUAGUAUUGUGCAAAAAAGGACAUCGGUUUAGGUUAGAUCUGGGAUAUUCAAGACGCCAGAAUGAGUGAGCAACUGAAAACUGUUUCUGCAAUGAAUAAACUUUACAUUGGAAAUUUGCCGUUUGAAGCCGAUGAAGCAACCGUCAGGCAGCUAUUUGCAGAACAGAAUUUAACGGUUGCGGAUAUUUCUGUGAAGCGAGGUGGUUACGCUUUUGUAGACUUUCCGGAUCAGUCGGCAGCAGACCGUGCCAUUGAUAAACUACACGGUUACCCGUAUUGCGGCCUCCCUCUGAUCGUUGAACCGUCGUUUGCAAAUAAGAAAAUAGUAAGUGUUCCGAAUCUUCAGAGCGCUAGCACUACGCAGCUAAAAGAGAGUAGCAACGAAUCGCCUUCCAGUGGCUGGAGGUAAGUAAUUAUAAUAAUUA